AUUAAAUAUUCUCAAACAGGAUGCAGUUCAAGCAUAUGUUACUUAUUUGCAUAAUAUGAGUUUUAUUAUAAUAAGAAUACGAUUUUUUUCUCAGGAUGAAGUGAGUAAAAAAGUCUAUAUAAAAAUCAUUAUUAGUGAAGUUUUUAUGAUCGGAACCGUGAUAUAAAUAAGUGGAGUCACUGUGAUUUCCACAGAUAAACUAUUACUAAUACAAAAGCGAAGUUUAAUUAUUCCGCAACAAAAAAAAAUAUAUAUAUAUAUGUGUUAUAUUCUUCUCUCUUUAAUCACUUCUCGAUAAAAAUCUAAAACAUUUUUUCAUUAAAAAUAUAAAACUAAAAAAUGUCAAAGCAAGAAGAAAUUGAUGAUGAUAAAAGUUCAGAAUCUUCACGAAAUUCAGUUGAAAUGGAAUAUAACCUGGAAGGUUUAAAAAAAAUCGCUUCGAAAGUAUUUGGUAAAUCUUGUAUUUCUGUAAAUAAACUUGGAGAAGGCGGAUUUCAUAAAGUUUUUAUAUUAAAAAUGGAAGAUGAUAGUGAAUAUAUUGGAAAAAUUGCAUUUCCAGAAUGUCCAUAUUGGAAAACGGAAAGUGAAGUUGCAGUUAUGAAAUAUAUUAAGGAAAGAACUUCAAUUAAAGUACCAGAAGUUUAUCAUUACGACAGUAGUAAAGAAAACCUUGUUGGACAAGAAUAUAUUAUUAUGGAAAAACUACCUGGUAUAGCAUUAUCUAAAGCCUGGGAUAAUUAUGAUAUAAAUCAAAAGAAAGAAGUACUUUUACAAGUAAUUGAAAUACAAUCUAUUGACAAAGAAAUUGUUUAUAGUAAGAAAUAUUUUAAUGAAGAAGAACAAGAAAAAUGGAUACCAAUUUAUGAAGAAUUUUUAUCCUUUCUACCAAAAUAUUUUAAAAAUAAUAAUGAUAUUUUCGUAUUAACCCAUGGUGAUUUUUAUCAUACAAAUAUUAUAGUUGAUGGUACUAAGAUUACUGGUAUAGUUGAUUGGGAAUGUUCGGGCUCUUAUCCAAUAGAAUGUAGUUGUAAUUAUCCUUGUUGGAUAUUAGAAAAUCCUGAUGAUCAUUUACUUAAAGAUUUUUGGACUGAAGAAAUGAGAAAUCGUGAUCCUGAAUUUAUUAGAAUAAUGUAUGAUAUGUAUGAUACGAACGGAUCUAAAGGAGGACAUGAUCGCGAACAACAAACUAAAAUGGUACAAUAUAUCGAUCCUGGUGGCACUAUCUUGACCCCCCUUGUUGUAAAAUAUGUUAUGCAGCUAAUGGAAUUGUUGCAAGUCUUUUUCUGCCUUCCCAACGAAUUUUUCGCAGAUUUAUAUGAUUAUCUUAAAUGUCAAAGUUAUUUGGAAAAUUCUUCAGAUAUAAAAAUUCGCGAAUUGCUUUCGAGGGGAUCGGUUUUUGAUUAA